CGCGCAGUAGCCUAUCGGAUCCGGCCCUUGCUACCAAAGCAUUGGACCGGGUUCGAAUCCGGCUGUAUAUUAUUCUGCUCAGCCCAAGAAAUACAAACGAGUUCCAAUCUCAAAAGUUUACCCCCAACCGUAGUCGCUCAUGACCUUAGUAGUUUAUGCGACUUUAAACAAAUUAAAAGAAAAAAAAAAAAAAAAGAUUUGUUUAUAAAAAAAAAUUAUUUAUCA